AGGGCUGGCUGUGAGUGGCUCAGACAGAGGCCACGCCCCGCGUGGCUUGAUAUGUACUGGCGCCAGCCGCAUCAGUCUGCGCCUGAGCACUGCAUGGAUCAAGAGGUUUUCACAUCCAAGCUGUGUUUGUCGUCAGCUGAUCGAAAUUGCAACAGGUAUAACUGAGGAGAAAGAAGACCGGGUUAUUUAAGGAUUCUAUUUCUGAAGUAUAUAAACACAGCCGAGACUUUCACGGCUCAGGAACUAUAUUAUAAGGAGGAAUUUAACUCUCACUUGGAGGUAAACAUAGCCUAAAAGUAGCCCGACACACAAAGAGACGCCUUCAGAGGAAAGGAGACGGUCAGCUCAGCCAUGGAGGUCGCAGCGGCCGAUCAGUCUCGGUGGAUGGCGCACCAUCACGCAGUGCUGAACGGCCAGCACCCGGACUCUCACCACCACAGUCUGAGCCACAACUACAUGGAGCCCAUGGCGCCUUUACUGCCCCAGGACGAGGUUGACAUGUUUCUGAACCACUUGGACUCUCAAGGGAACCCUUACUACACCAACUCCCGGGCAAGGGUCGCAUACAGCCAAGCACACGCUCGCCUCACUGGGAACCAGGUUUGCCGACCACACCUCAUCCACAGCCCCGGUAUUCCCUGGCUGGACCCUGGGAAGGCAGCCCUGUCCGCGUCCCACCACCAUAACGCAUGGGCAGUCAGCCACUUCAGCAAACCCGGCCUGCACCCCACCAGCUCCGGCUACCCCUGCAGCAGCAGCACCGGCACGGCACCGGUGUCGUCGCUCACUCCGGCGUCCCACUCCAGCCCGCACCUCUACAGCUUCCCCCCUACCCCUCCGAAAGACGUGUCCCCGGACCCCGGACCCACAUCCCCGUCCUCCUCGUCCCUCCUGGUCGAGGUGGAGUCGAUCAAGUACCAGGUGCAGCUGUCGGACGGCAUGAAAAAGGAGAGCUGUAGUCCGCUCCGCAGCGGUCUGUCCUCGAUGAACGGCCAGGCCCCGGCCACGCAUCACCCUAUCCCGACCUACCCGGCCUACCCUCUCCACACACCCCACGAGUACAGCGGCAGUCUCUUCCACCCCGGCAGCCUGCUCGGCGGGUCCUCCUCCAGCUUUACGCCCAAAUGCAAGAGCAAGGCCAGGUCGAGCUCAGAGGGCCGUGAAUGUGUAAACUGCGGUGCCACCUCCACCCCUCUGUGGCGAAGGGAUGGUACCGGCCACUACCUGUGCAACGCCUGCGGACUGUACCACAAGAUGAACGGCCAGAACCGACCACUUAUCAAGCCCAAACGUAGACUGUCCGCUGCGAGACGUGCAGGCACCUGCUGUGCAAACUGCCAGACCACCACUACCACCCUGUGGAGGCGCAACGGGAACGGAGACCCGGUGUGUAACGCCUGCGGCCUUUACUUUAAACUGCACAAUGUCAACAGACCCCUGACCAUGAAGAAAGAAGGCAUCCAGACACGCAACCGCAAGAUGUCCAGCAAGUCCAAGAAGAACAAGCGAGCAGGGGACGGCUUCGAUGAGCUAUCCAAGUGCAUGCAGGACAAGGCCUCUCCUUUCGGCGGUGCACAUGGCCUCACCAGCCACAUGACCCAUAUGGGUCACCUGCCCCCCUUCAGCCACUCGGGACACAUGCUGCCUACUCCCACGCCCAUUCACCCUUCAUUCGGUCACCCCCACCACUCCAAUCGCUCGCCGGUCUGGGCUGAGCCUCACUGAGGCCCCUCCACACCCAGAACUCCUCCGCCUGUAGGAGCCACCACAUCGCCAUUAACACUAAAUGGCCUCCCCAUCACGUCGAAAGCUUGUUGCGUCAUGUACAGUGGUUGGAGGGGAGAGACUUUCAGUUGGACUUAAUGACUGAAGGUCGCGUCAUGCCUGACCUCACUGAUGGGACGCUGCGGAGCAGGACUUGAGCGGACUCUGUGAAGAGCUAAUAAGACGAGGGGUUUCUUAGUCCCUAGGUGACCUGAGGCUUGCAGGAACGGAGUGAAUGGAGACGCUUGUCAUUCUUUUUGCUUAUUUUUACUAAGUCACUUUGGUACCCACCUCUCCUUGACCCUGUAACAGGAGACUCAUGAGAGGUCUUAAAAAGAACCGCUGUUUUCACCUCACGACCAUCUCAUUAUAUACUGAGAUACGUGCACCCUGUCCAUCCCCAGGCUGUCGUUCACAACUGCUGUGGACAGACAGACAAACUCUCCCGUGCUGGAGGUCCUAAGCCUGGCUGACAGCUGCAGCACCUCUGUUAAGAAGCAGUCAGACGACAGACACCACAAACCAGUGCUCGCCUCACAUGCUGGAUUGUACACCACCACGACGCUCACCACCUGUUUUUAAUAAUGGACUUUUAUGGAAAAA